CCGGCACCGGCACCGGAGCGCAGCCCGGCUCGGGACCGGGUGGAGGCGGGCGCGGGUGGGGCGGGGGAACCGGCCGGCUCCAAACCCGCCCCCCGCCGCGGGGAGGAGGCGGUGGCCGAGCCCCCCCCCCCCCCCCCCCGCCGUUCCGUGCCGUGCCGAGCCGUGCCGUGCUCCAGCCGCGCCGUGCCGAGCCCAGCCCAGGCGGACCCACGCCGUAGCGAGCCUUUCCGCCUCUCCUCCAUGGCGGUCCCCGGUCCCACGCGUGUCCCGGCCCCGGCACGGAAUCGCCGCUGAGCCCUGAGCACCGGCCCGGCGUCCAGAGUUUCAAUGUUCUGACUUGCUCUAAGAUGAAGGUAUGGAAGUUUGCAGCCAUUGCAUCGAUGCUCCUCAGUUCCAUGUUAUCCAUUUUAGUUUGUAGAGACAUGUUCAACGGAAGCCGGAAAUACAGCCCCUUGCCUUCCUCGCCGUCUUCCUCACGGGCAUCCUCCUCUUCCUCCUCGCUGCCGGCGGCUCCGCGGAGAUCCCCACGGGCCCUGCAACGCCACAGCUCGCUGCUCACCCAGUACAGCAGCUUGCUGGAGAGCUACACGGAGGGGGAGAUCCGGCAGCUGAUCUCGGCGCUGGUGGAGCGCUACAGCCAGGCCAUGAACUCGGGGGGCCACGAGCUGCCGCUCUUCCCCCGGACGGGCAGCCGCAGAAAGCGUGCCCGCGCUCGCCACAAACCCUGCGCCCUGAAGGAGCUGGAGGUGAGCGUCAGCGAGCUGGGCCUGGGCUACGAGUCGGAUGAGACGGUGCUUUUCCGCUACUGCAGCGGCACCUGCGAGGCGGCCGUCCGGAGCUACGACCUCUCGCUGAAAAGCAUGAGGAGCAGGAGGAGGAUCAAGAAGGAAAAGGUCCGGGCUCGACCCUGCUGCCGGCCGCUGGCCUACGACGACGACGUCUCCUUCCUGGACGCCUACAACCGCUACUACACCGUCAACGAGCUCUCGGCCAAGGAGUGCGGCUGCGUGUGAAGGGCCGGGGCCAUCGGGCGGGAGAGGCGAUGCCCCGGCCCCGAAACCCCGCUGGCCGCCAGGCAGAGGGACCGGGGGCUGCGGUGGGGGGAGAGGGACGAGCCCCCAGACCCGCGGCCGGAGGAGGAGAGACUGAGCUGCCGGCGCGUCCCUCGGCGUUACCGUCCCGCUCGCUGCACAGGACUAGAGACGUGGUUGUCGGUGCCGGCGGAGGCUGCGGUUGUUGGAGCGGUGACGGCUGCUCGCGGCUGUCGUCCCCGCCAGGGGUGGCCCAGGGGUCCCUGUCGGCCCCUCCGGAGGGUGACGGUGGGCGUGCGACAUGCACAGGGCACGUUCUACGCUGGGGGUGCGCGAGGUGCAUCCUAUGUCACAGGUACAGGUCGCGUUAUUACCAGCAGCCAGGGUGUUGCAAAGC